GAGAAACAUAGAGAGAGAAAGAAAAAGCCGAAAACCCCCACACUCACAACCUUUAUCCCCAUUCCGACAAACGCAGCGGCGAUAGCUUCCACGGAGCGUCGCGUCGAACGGAGCCGCCCCUUCAGGAGCCGAGGGUUUCUUCCGUGCGGGGGGGGAGGAGGAGGCAAUGGUGGAGACGCGAGACGAGGCCGCCCUGACGUCGCUGCAGCCGCCGCCGUCAGCCUCCCAGGCGCUGGCGGGGCCCCUCCAGCAGCAGGACCUCAGCCACGCGAAGGAGGACGCAUGUGUGGGUGUACCAAAGGAACCUCCUGCAGAAGCUCAGAAAGAAGCCAAGCAGGAAACCUCACAGGGAGCAGAAAUGGAUCCUAGGAAGGAUGAGCAGGAGAGUCCAGCGACGGAAGUAGACAAAGCUCUGGAGGCGGUGUUGAGGGUAGACAGGAGACAGGUGGCAGGAGCCGGCGAUGGGGCUUUGCCGAAGGAGCUAGCCGCAGAGGCAGAGGAUGAUGUUCACGAGAAGCCGGAAUGGGUUGACCGAGACGUGCAAGCUCUCAGGGAAAUGGUUGAACAGGAACCUGGCUUGAAAUCACGUAUUGAUAAGCCUUUCUUGCUAGCUUUCCUUAGAGCUCGUAAAUUUGACUAUGAUAAAGCCAUGGCCAUGAUUCGAGGAUACUACAGAGCAAGGCAGGAGAAUGCUGAUAUGUAUGUUAACCUCGUCCCGUCGGCCUUGGAUCACGUCUGGCCGCUGUGCAUGCAGACGGUCCUUCCAACACCAGACAAUCUAGGGAGAACUGUCCUAAUUUUUAGAACAGGUGCCUGGUUACCUGAAGUCUGCACCCUAGAUGACGUGUUCAGGUCUCAGGUAGUAAUGUUGGAGCAUGUUGUACGGGUCCCAGUAACGCAGCUUCGCGGAAUAGCAGCUGUUGUUGACUGCUCUGGACUGUCUAUGACUCAUGCCUACUAUCUGACUCCGACUCACAUUCGCCGCAUGAUUUCAGUUGUCCAGGAAGUCUUUCCUCUAAGGUUCAAGGCAUUGCACUUUGUUCACGAGCCUUCGAUAUUCGACUGGGUCUUCAGCCUAGUCAAACCUUUCCUCUCUGAAACUAUAAAGGGACGACUGCACUUCCAUGGAGAAGACCUCGAGAGCCUGCACAAACACAUCCCAGCCAAUGAGUUACCAGAAGAAUUAGGUGGAACUCAGGGACCCAUGGCCAAUAGUGAACUUGUAGAGAUAUUGAAACAAAAUGAAGACUAUUAUAAAGGAGUGUUUGAGAGUGCCUAUGGGCCAGCUGCUCCCAUUAAGAGCAUUUUACAUAUGGCUUUGAGGUGUCUGAAGAACCUGCGCGUCAGGGAACUGUAAUGGAAGCUGUGACAGACAUGGGGAGUUUGAUUGGCAGUUACUACAGAAGGAUGUGUAUAGACUAGUGCUAGCCAGCCCUGCACUAGUGACAGUCCACCUAGUGCCAUCAUGUGAGAAAAGCAAAUUUGACCCCCAAAACAUUUUGAUACCAAUAAGAAAAAUGUUGGAGGAGGUUCCUAUGAUAUUGGAAUCCCUUCUGUGUACUGGGUGGGAGAGUUCUGGUACUUUUGUUCAUGGAAUACAUUGGCACUAAACUUAUUAUCUAUCACAAUCUCAGGGAAAAAUAGUAGCCUUUGUAGCUGUUAUACAGUUUGGAAGAAAAUUCACAUUGGAAGGAUGGUGUUCAUAUCAAGUAUUCCUGUUUGUUAUUGUUUAAGAGUAAUUUGAAUUUUAAUGUUUAUGAAUUCAUUUUCACCAAAUGCAUAUUUCCUUUUAUUCUCUUUAUGGUGGAUUUAGGUCCUUCAGAUAUCCAUGAGAUACAGAACCUAUUAGUGGUGAGUUUAUUGAAUUUAAUUAAGCAAAGAACUCAUUCCAGUUUAUGUCACUUUUGCAGGCUGGCCAUAUAUUUGUCUCUGGGUACACUGAUGCAUAUAUACAGAUAUAUGUGUGUGCAUAUUUAUGAUGUGCAUCUUGGUGAUCCCUUCACUUCCUCACAGGAAAUACAUCAGAUUUGAUAACAUGAAUAAUUUGUAAUGCACACAAUUUCUGCUCCAGUAAUGUAUAUAGAGUCAGUUUUGAUAUAUGGUAUAGCAUAUGACCUUUAUUGUUAUUAAGCCUCAGUAUUCAUGGUGCAAUGUAUACUUUAUCCUUUAAGGAGGCAGUCAGAUGAGCAUUGUAAAUCUUUUUUUUAUAAUGGCUAAUAUGUAAACAUUUUAUGCCUGUGACAGAAGUGUAAAUUAGAGGUAAGCACUGUGACAUUAGACUAUUAUCAGUGCUAAUUAAUUUUUAAGAUUUCUACAUUUUAUCAUUCAUGGAUACUAUUUUUCUGCUAAAAUGUAUAUCCUUGUGAUACGUUUCUUCAUUUUUGCAAGAGUUGUAAAAGUUAGUGAAGUGUUAUGUAAUUUUGUUUUAUCUAUAGCUAUCUCUUCCUUGAUAGAAGUCUAGCAGAAAAAAAAUGAUUCAUAUGGCUAAUAUAUUUAUAUGCACUGAAUACUGUGUACUUGGUAUUCAGUAUGCAAGUUUUAUCUUCUUGAAAACUGGUACUUUGCCUUAAGGAUUGUCUGGUCUUCUGUCAAGUUCAGAUUAUAAUGUUUUAUUAUCAUCAUAGAGAAUAAAGAGGAUCUGCCUGGCUGACUAAAAGGUGCUGCAAAUGUAUGUAUGUUUUUUUUCUGUUGUACUUAGAAUUAACUAGUACAGAAGUUAGAGAAGUAGAAUAUCAGUGAAAGUUGGUGAUUAGCAUACUUCCUCCAUGUCUCUCCUCUUCCUUCUCCUUGUCCUUUUUUCUUCAUUCAUACUCCUUUUAAGUCAUGGUAGUCCCAGAUUGGUCUUUUGGUUCAGAACUCCAUGUGCACACAGGAUGGAAAGAAGACUGCUUAGUAUUUUGACAAACAAUUAUUUACAUUAAAAUUGAUCUAAUUUGGAUAUUUAUAAUAUGGUUAAAUAGGACUGUUUUAAUAACUAUUGCAUUGUUUCAUCCAGUGUGCACACAUGCCUAAGCACAACAGUUGCCCCAUUUCUUUCUUAAAGGCUUUAUCGGCGGCAUUCAUGCUUUCAUUGAAUAUCUGUUGUUGCAGAACAGAUGCCGAGAUAAGGAACUAGCUUAUUUUGAUUCCCAAUAUUUAAAGAUAAUGUGAUUCUAUAUCCUACCUCCUUAAAGGGUUUGGAUAUGACAAGUAUUUUUGGAGUACUUUUGUUUCAUCUGAGCAGCACUGUAUUAAGCUUUUAUAACUAAAUAUGGAAAGGUUGAUCUUUAUGCUCAAGGUAGAAACAUCCAUUAUGAUAGAUAAUUGGCUAUCACAUGUGAUUUUCAUGAAGUUUGAUAUAACUAGCCCACUUCUUUAAAGUUUAAAUAUUGCACUCCUGUAAAUAUUGGAGUUACUUUUGACAAGUAAUAUGGAACAAAUUCUUUUUUUUAAUUUUAUUUUUUUUAUAGAUAUCUAUAAGGAAUGAAAAUUUGACAUAGAUAAACCUGUGUACUUAGUAAUUUUAUAAAACCAAAGGUUGUGCAGAAGAUUUUAAUUUUACAUCUGUAAAGGCAUAUUCCUUUCCCAUCCAUACAAUCUUUCUCUACACUUCCCUUUAUGCUAUUGAGGUUUGUCACGUUAAAUACAGACUAUGCUCAAAAGAUGAAGGAUGAAGUGAACAGGUCUUAUAAUACAAAUUACACAGAUUAUCUGUAUCAUUUUCAUGAUUCUAGGACCAAAGGAUUUAUUAUGUAAUGUAUAUAUACUUAGAGCGAGAAAGAGAGAGAGAGAGAGAGACCAUUAAAGCAGUAAAAGCGAGAGCUUAGUUAAGGUUGUAUUAAGGAAAUAAAUGAACACAAGAACGCUUGUGGUUUAAGCGUGCCUUAUGGAAGCUGUAAAAGGAAGUUAUUGAGGGAUAUUGUGCGAUAUGAGAGAUAUAAAACUGUACUUUGUGUGAUUUUCCUUUUUCAUAAGACAGGUACAGUACAUAGCAUGUGUGUUUUGAUCCUUUAAAAAAGAAAAAAAGUAGCAACACUAUAAUCUUAAGAAAAAUAUUCAGUUAUUGUAUAUUUUGGAAUAUUGGCUAUAAAAAAAUGAAUGUGGUUGUAAAUAUAUAGUUUGACAAGUAGUGUAAGCUUUUAAGAGACAAGAAAUCACAGUCUUGAAUUACCUACAAGACUUGUUUAUUAUAAAUGUUCCUUCUUUCUGUUAUACAAAACAGAAUUAUGGUAGUUGCUAAUUGUAGUUUGAGUUUAGUGAAGUGAGAAAUAUGGAAAUUUUGUACUGAUUUGAUAUUAAGAUGUGAUGCAAACCCUCUGUGUUGAUCAGUUGAUUAACAGUAUUAUUUAACAGUCAGUAAAGCUUUAUGAAGUUGCUUACCUCAGAAUUGGUUAAUUGCAUUAAAGGUAGGCAGGGAAAUUCCUGAAAUAUCUAUUAACAAGUGCACAAUGUUAUUUCAUAUCUUCAUUAGUGAUUUUAAUAAAGAGUAUAUUCCUUUAAUGUUAAAAAGUGUAUUAACAUAAAACAUAUGCAUUCACACUUGCUCCCACCCUCACUGGCAUGCAAAUACCUACAUGGCUACACAUCCAUACCCAUGUAUCUACAUACCCAUAUCCACAUAAUUUAAUACUCUCUCACCUACACACACCCUUUUAACCCCCUGCCCACUCACACAGCUGCACAAAACUUUCCCUUUUUUGAAGUGGUUUGUACUUGCAGAGUAUGAAUUUAUUUACAGGAUAAUAUAUAAUUUUAUGGUUAAGUAAUUGCAGAUUAUAUUGGAAAUAUACAUUAUAGUGGUGCAUAUAUGUUUUAUUGUUAUUAUAGAAGAUUUAGUUUUAUAAUAAAUAUAUACCACAUAGAUAA